AUGAUUCUACAUAUCUUGAUUGUGACUAUAGCAGUAAUAUGCCUUUCUGCCCCCAGUGCAGCUUUCCUACGGACGGCUCCCGAUAUUAGCCCUUUUGAAUAUAAUUAUACGAGACUGGGCGGUGGCCCUAACGCUUCGGCCAUCGUGAAAUGGAAUGUCACGAAUACCAUAAAAAGUUAUUGGGUUGCCCACUGGUUGCACGCUGAUAAUUGCCAUGACUACGUCAUCGUCUCGACCAUGGCAAAUGCUGGCUCAGAACUUCUCUCCGGCAUAUCUUUGCUGGAUGUCCAGACCGGCUACAACUUCGGGACUCAGGUAAAAACACCAGGACAACUCUCAACAACGGUACUGGAUGGUGAUUCGGGGCUGUUGCACUUUAGUGCCAGCACCGCGGACCAAGCAUCCGAACUUUUUGCCGUCAGCACAUUUAAAGAAAUCCCAUACAAACUCCACUAUACGCCGAAAGGGCCUUAUCUAUACCAAGCUGGGUCUGGUUCCUACGUGUGGGGCACUGGGUACGCUUAUGCUUUUGACGCUCCAGAAACAUGGGUGACAGGGACACUCACUAUCAACAACACCAUCGUAAAUAUCGUACCUAAUGAGUCCGCUGCGUGGUUUGACAUGCAGUGGGGACCCAGCUAUGCACCCGGAGGCUGGCACGCAUUCGUCUUCUUGUUGGAUAACGGUGUCAAGGUGGCGAUCAUGGUCACCAACCCCACUAAUAUCUAUAGUCAGAACAGCAUCGCAACGAUCCUAUAUCCAGAUGGCAACCAUCAAGUCUUCGCAGUCGAUCCUGAACUCCAUGCAGCAAAGCCAUGGGUGUCAUCAACCUCUAAUAUCACCUACUACAGCUACUACCAACUCAAUAUUCCUGGUAAGGGGAUAACGCUGGAUGUGAACCUUCCCUGGGAGGCGGGAGAGACAGCACUCGAUUCCAAUCCUACCCCGGCAAACACAAUUGCUGACUCAUUUGCCUACUACAAUGGCACCUUUGACGGUACCAUUGUUCGAGGUUACGGCAUCGCAGAACAACGUGUGAGUGCUGAUGGGUCACUCUUUGGCAGUAAAUAG